AUGUCGAAACGUCCGGCAGAUCCUUCGACAUCUACCCAAAACGCCGAUGGGCAACCCUUUGCAAAAGCGCCAUUGAGCGCAAACAGACGUGAGGUCGCAGCUAACGAUGAAAUGGGGGAAUUUGAGGAUGCAUGGGAGGACGAGGUGGAGAGCGACGAAGAGGUCGUGGAUGCCGAGGCUCAUGAUGAAGACGGCAUGGAUGUCGAUGGCGUUAUGCCUGCGAUAGAGGAAUCCGAAGAACCAGCUCCUCCACCAAAAGUUUUCGUUCCCGGGCUUCACACACUCGGCAAGGACGAGGUUCUUGAGGCCGACGAAUCAGUGUACAUUAUGCGCCAUGCUAUGCGCGUCAACUGGCCUUGCUUGUCUUUCGACGUCCUCCGCGAUAACCUUGGAGAUGAGCGACGUCGGUUACCUGCGACCGCCUAUAUUGUCGCUGGAACCCAGGCAGAUGAAAUGAAGAAGAAUGAAAUUGUAAUCUACAAGAUGAGCUCGCUUCACAGAACGCAGAGGGAUGGCGAUGGAUCUGAUGUGGAGGACGACGAAGACGACGAAGACGAUCUUGAUGAAGACCCCAUCAUCGAGUUCAGGUCAAUACCGCACUUUGGAGGCGUGAAUCGAAUUCGCGCACAACCCCUGCCGCCUACUACCCCGCUUCCCCCGGUUUCCCAACCGUACUACGUCGCCAGUUGGGCAGAGACGGGAAAGGUCCACAUAUGGGAUGUCCGGCCGCUUAUCGAAUCCAUUGACGUCCCUGGUUACUCGUACGAAAAAUCUCGAGUACAAACACCAGCUUUCACAAUCAACUCCCAUGGACGAGCAGAGGGUUUCGCAAUGGAUUGGGCAGCGUCUGGCCCAUCUUCCCUUCGACUUCUCACUGGUGACAUCCAUUCCAAGAUCUACUUGACCACCGUCACGCCAACAGGCUUCAACGCCCUUUCUCAACCAUUCACCUCACACACAUCCAGCGUCGAAGAUAUUCAAUGGAGCCCAACUGAGCCCACCGUUUUUGCAUCGUGUUCGGCUGAUCGUACUGUGCAAAUUUGGGAUGUUCGAACCAAAGGCCGAAAGAGCGUGGCCGGUAUAGACCCAGCACACGAAGCCGAUGUGAAUGUUAUCAGCUGGAACAAGUUGACUUCGUAUCUGUUGCUCAGCGGUGGAGAUGAAGGUGGAAUCAAGGUUUGGGAUCUUCGAAACGUGAAACAGAAAGGGUCUACUGGGCCCACACCAUCACCAGUGGCCUCUUUCAACUGGCAUUCCGCCCCCAUCACCUCAAUAGAAUGGCAUCCUUCCGAGGAUUCCGUUUUCGCAGCUUCCGGUGCCGAUGAUCAAGUAACGCUGUGGGACUUGGCUGUCGAGAAGGAUGCCGACGAAGCUGGUAUGGACGAUGUUCCCGAAGGCGGAAAGGACAUACCGCCGCAAUUGCUUUUCCAACAUCUUGGGCAGAAAGACAUCAAGGAGUUGCACUGGCACCCUCAAAUUCCGGGCACAGUUAUCUCAACGGCUUUCGACGGAUUCAACAUCUUCAAAACGUUCAACAUGUAG